CGAGGCGCGGGCGCACAGCGCGGCGCGGGGCCGGCCCGGGAGCACCGCGAUGGCAGCGCAGCGGCUGGGUAAGCGGGUGCUGAGCAAGCUGCAGGCUCCGGCGCGGGCCCGCGGCCCGGGGGGCAGCCCCCGGGGGCUGCAGAAGCGGCACGCGCGUGUCACCGUCAAGUACGACCGGCGGGAGCUGCAGCGGCGCCUGGACGUGGAGAAGUGGAUCGACGGGCGCUUGGAGGAGCUGUACCGCGGCAGGGAGGCCGACAUGCCCGACGAGGUCAACAUUGAUGAGUUGUUGGAAUUAGAGAGCGACGAGGAGCGAAGCCGGAAACUCCAGGGACUCCUGAAGUCCUGCAGGAACCCCACAGAGGACUUCAUCCAGGAGCUGCUGGGGAAGCUGCGGGGCCUCCACAAGCAGUCAGGCCUCCCCCAGCCCAGCCUCUCGGGGGACGGCAGCCUGAGUCCCCCACAGGACCGUGCCUGGACCGCGCCACCCUGACCCUCUCUUGCCUCCAUGGCCCUCGUGUCCCCCGCCCCCAGGCCAUCCUGGCUUGUUUGUAAGUUGUAUUUAAUGGUUCUGUAACAAUAACACUGCUUGCCUGUG